GCUAUAAAAGGGGGAGAACCCGUCAUUGUAAGGGGGGAAUUGAAUACUCAAGAAAAGAAUAUUACUGAGUGAUUAUAUCUUCCUGAUUGAUAUUACGUUCUUGGUCCGCCAUCUGAUCGGGUUAAUCCCAUCAUCGAUGCUUUCAUUGAGAUAAAACUGUGAGAUAAGGCUGUGAGAUUAUGGCCGGACGAAGGACGAGACGUAACACUGCUGCUUCCGCCCAGUCGACGGUAAGGAGUGACAACCCUAGGCAGGGUAUGAUCGUUCCUGUCAAUGGGUUGGAAACGGCAUUGAAUAAUGUGGCCAACAUGAUGGCCAACAUUAUGGAACGAUUGGAUAAGGCUCUUCCAGGUCCAUCCGGUAUCCGGGACAUCCCUGCCGGGCAACCCCGUCAGGUACUGCGUACCGCGAGUUCUCCUAUCCUCCAGGAGCUUCAUGAUCCGGAAGAGGUUGAGAGGGAGAGACGAGCCAUUGCCAUACGCCGGGCGCAGGAGUUGGCCCGGAAUAGUAAGGUGAAUGAGGACCGGGCCAAGGAUGCAAGCCGGAUCGUCGGCGAUGGAAACGAAAACCCGCGGGGAUCCGUCUUUGAAAGGAUAUCUCGCCAGAAGGCUCACGUUAGUGAGAGGCUGGGGAAGAAUCCGGAUAAGGCACCCUAGGGUUGGAUACGACCCCAGGCUAGCCAGGUGGCAUCUUCUAACCGCGAACCCCGGCUGCGAAACGGCCGUGGUGGGAUCCAAGCCCCAGUCCGGUCAGUGAUGGAUUUGGAGGAGGACUGAUGAUUGAGUUUUUCGGUAAGUCAACCUUCCCAAUGAAGGGUUAGUUUUCUC